AUGCCUUUGCAAUCCGAUCAGGAAUUGCUGUAUCGGGAGCCGGAACCUGAGACUGACUACUCCCUUUUUGAACAGCCUGAAGAGCAGCCUGAUACUUCCAAAAGGGAAAUAUUUGGAUGGUGUUUAUAUUCAUGGUCCUCUGAACCGUUUAUUAACAACACCUUGCAACCCAAAAAAAACCCAGCAACUCCAGAGCCACUGCCACCCCAGCAGCCAUCACCUGACUCCACAUGUGUUUUACCUCUAUUCAAUGGACAUUACUAUGUAGACACAUCCUCUUUUGCAUUGUACACAUUUUCACUUUCGGUUCUCGUUCAAACAUUAUUGGUCAUAAGUUUAAGUGGUGCUGCUGAUAGAGGGUCUCAUAGGAAGCAAAUAUUGAUUAUUAUGGGCCUACUAGGUUCUCUUUUCACAAUUUCUUACAUAUUCAUCAACGACACCCAAUAUUAUACGGCAAGCACUCUUGCUGUGCUAGCGAACAGCUGCUAUGGAGUAGCAAAUGUUUGUGGUAACGCGUUUUUGCCCUUGUUGACGAAGUUUCACCCAGAGUUGAAAAAGAUUCCCGAGAAUGAUCGCAGUUAUAUUGACACGAAGGGAUUAAUAUCCUCAAAAAUUAGCGGAAAAGGUGCUGCUACCGGUUAUGUGUCGGCCUUAAUUAUGCAACUAUUGACUAUGAGUAUGAUUGUUCAUUUGAGGAAGAAGAAGCCCCAUGAAAUUCAUGUCGAAUCAGAAGACACAAUUUGGCCCAUCCAAGUUGCUAUUUCCAUGGUAGGCAUAUGGUGGUUUCUGUUCCAACUACCAUUGAAAUGGCUUCUUCAAUCCAGGCCUGGACCCCCAUUGGAGUUUCAUCUUCAUGGUACGAGUACUAUCAUCAAUCAUCUCCACAUAGUUAAAAGCUAUACUAUUUUUGGCUGGUCCACAUUGAAGCAUGCUUUAAACCAAACUAAAGAUCUGAAAGAUAUUUCGAUUUUUCUUUUGGGUUGGUUCAUAAUCUCAGACUCUCUAACAACUAUCAACUCUGCCGCCAUUUUGUUUGCAAGAUCUCAAUUAGAGAUGUCUACCUUGGCACUAUCUGUUAUUGGUAUUCUUACCAUGGUUUCAGCGAUACUCGGAGCAACUCUCAUUCCGAAUGUAAUUCAACCGAAAUUCAAUAUUUCUACCAAAGAUAUGCUUCUUUAUAUUAUUAUUUGGGCAGCGCUUAUUCCAUGUUGGGGAAUCUUAGGCUUCUUCACGGAGAAGAUUGGGCUGCGGUCUCCAGUUGAAAUGUAUGCGCUAUCAGCAUGGUAUGGGUUUGCUCUUGGAGGAUUGGCGACUGUUUCAAGGUCUCUAUACGGGUUGUUGAUUCCUCCUGGUCAGGAAUCUAUUUUCUAUUCGGUAUUCAGUGUUACAGACAAAGGAAGCAGUAUUUUAGGCCCACUCAUUGUUGGACUAAUCAUUGAUAAAACUCACAAUAUUCGUUAUUGUUUUUACUUCCUUUUUGGUCUGCUAAUCCUGGCACUUCCCAUAAUAAACGCCCUGGACGUUUCAAGAGGGAUGGAAGAAGCAAAAGAUUUGGCGGAGGAAAGUGGGACCAUAGCUGUUUAA